AGAUGGUUUUCAUGUCCAUAACUCCUCAGGUCAUCUUGGUCGACGAUACUAGUUCAUUAUAUCCAUAAUCACCUCCCCUUGGACCAUCACCCUCCCCUCCCCCCCUACGACACCGACAUCAUCAUGCCGUCAACUGAUCCAGAACUCGAUUCCCAGGCUCUUACCGAGAAACUUCGAUCAGCACUAUGGUUUCACAUUGGUCAAAUGGUCGAUGAAGAGAGCAUCGAACUCGGUGUCAACGCCACCCCACAAUUCAUUGGAAGUCUGAUGGAACUCGUUUGGGCUCAGAUUGAGAAUACAGCAGUCGACCUGGAAUCUUUUGCCAAGCAUGCAGGUCGCAGUAAGAUCAAGACUGACGAUGUCAUGUUGUUGACGCGGAGAAACGAGGGUCUGGCUGAGGUUUUGACCCAAGAAUUAAACAAGAUCGAGGCCGAGAGGAAGAGGAAAGCCGGAUGAGGAGGAACGUCCAAGAACGUUACUUCAGACGCCGUUUGUAUUCGGCCGCGUCGACGCCGAUUGAGCUGGAUCAUCACCAAGUUUCUCGACUUUUCCAGGAGGAAUCACAGCGCUUGUUUUCUUCUCGAGAACAGCAAUUUGUGUCUAGUACCGAACCGACCAAGACCUGAUUGCUGCGAGGCGCAGAAGCCGGGCUGAGUGAGCACACCGUUCAACUUCCCCUGACAAAUACCCUGCACACACAGCAAAUCGAGAGGAUCGAUAGUACAACUAUCGAGGAACACCAAGAAGUCUGCAUCCAACUACGAUGUGUGUCGACCACAAUCAAGAGACACCUUGCUCAAAGGAAGAAAGCCCAAGGCAUGGCUUGAUUGUCAAUGCGAAACUGAAAGAGGACCCUUUUUAAAUGGUCAGAAAGAGGAAUUGGGGCCACGGAAUGGAUUGCUCAUGGUAUACGUGGGAGAGUCCUCAUGAGACUGUCUCCGCGACGAAGCAAACAUUACACGAGGGUCUACUAUUGUACAUAAGUCUUUGUCAUGGUCACGACCGUGCCGAGAUGGCCGACAGCCAUUUCUGUUCGUCCUUGCUGUCGACAUAUUAGCACCAAUUUGCCCGAAGGUUAACAAAGCUGAGCGAAUAACUUACCGGUCGAAAUGCAACAACAUCCCCAGG